GAAGGGGGAGAGAGAGAGAGAGAGGAAGAGUGAGAGUGAGAAAGAGAGCGGAGAGGAAGAGAGAGAAGAAGAGGUUGAAAGAUAGGCGUCGCCGUCGUACUUAUUUUUCAAACGCGUGUAUAUAACGUAUCGUCUUUCGUGACUGGUUCUCGUGUUCCUCGUCGCGGCGACGACGACGUCGACGUCGACAACAACAACACAACAACAAUAACAACAACAACAACAACGAUAACGACGACGACGACGACGACGACGACGACGACGACGACGACGACGACGACGACACGACGACGACACAACAAAAAGAAAAAUGUUCCCGUAUCAUUCUUGAUCGUCCUUUAAAGAUCGAGUACUUUGACUACGUUGUUACUGGCGUUGCUGUUUCUCGCGGUGGUGGACAUGGCGGGCAUCGACGUACAUCGUGUCCCCAAGUGCACCUGCGAGGACAAAAAUAAGGAAAAUGUAUUUGAGGAAGUGCAAUCGACGAGACGUCGCUUAGAUACUCGCAUGGGUUCAUCAACGAUGACAACAAAGAUGACGACGACGACGAUGACGACGACGACGACGACGACGACGACGACGAUGACGACGAUGACGACUACGACGACGGUUUCGAGAAAUUAUCGGCCACGUGGAAGUUUGGCUAGAGUUCUCUACGAUAAACAAAGAGCCGACGAAAGAUUAGAAGCAUAUGACAAAAGACAGUGGUACACGGUAGACACCAGCAAGAUACGAGACGAUUUGCUAAAGCUAUGGGUUCCUCUGGGUGCGGGUCCCUGCCGGGACCAGCCGGAUAAAGCCACUGAGAUUUUCUUGAUGAGAUCCACCGAGAGGUCUGACUCUUUGCCACUGCAAGCCUGGCAUUCGUUGGCAAGAUCGGCCCUCUCUUGGUUCAUCAGUCGCACCUCCAUCAAUGGAUUAUUAGGCCGAGGUUCAAUGCACGUCUUCUCCAGCGAGCAAUUCGAAAAAUUGAUGGAAGCUAGCGGGUUCAAAGGUCCUUGGAAUUCACUCGUAGAUUUGGGAGCUGGCGAUGGUGCUACCACUGCACACGUGGCUCAUCUAUUCGAUAGAGUAUACGCUACGGAUAUUUCGCCACCUAUGAGAUGGGCAUUGUCCAAACGAAAAUUCACAGUAUUGGACGUCGAUAAAUGGCACGAGGAAGCUGGCCCUUUCGACGUGAUCCUUUGCUUGAAUUUGCUCGAUCGUUGCGAUCGUCCAAACAGUUUGUUAAGACAAUUCAGAACGUCCUUGACAGCAGGAGGUCGACUGGUGGUUGCCCUGGUAUUACCUUUUAGUCCAUACGUCGAAGUAGGUGAGAGAGGUGAUCACAAACCAUCGGAGUACCUACCAGUGAAGGGAAAUGGCUUGGAAGGUCAGAUCGCUGGACUAGUCGACAGAGUCUUCGCACCGUUGGGCCUAAGAUGUUUGGCAUGGAGUAAACUACCUUAUCUAUGCGAAGGUGACCUGGGUCAGGCUUAUUACUUUCUCGACGACGUCGUCUUCGUCCUGGAAGUUGUACCAGUUAGUAAAAAAAAAAAAAUCCUGCGAAUUGUUGAUAGCGAAUGUCGUAGAAUUCGACUGAUCGAAGAAGGAUCUUUUAGGACACGGUGUACAACGAAUACGAAGAUUACGUUAAGGAGAUGCACGGUGAAACAAGGAUUGGCCUAACUAUAUGACGGGAACCUAGGAAAAGGAAAUAUUCUAUGGAUCUGGAUAACGUUAUAAAGCUCACGAUUGGUAUAAUAGGUGGUGGUAUAAUACUUCUCAGAGAUUGUACAAGCUGUAUCGUAUCGACCAAAGCUGCGCCGAUUAAUAAUACCAAUUAAUCAAUGCAACGAUAAACAUCACAAUGAAAGAAAGAAAUAUGUAAGCAAAAAUUACAAAAUAAAUUAAUCGAUAUUAGUGGCCAUUACUACUUUUUUUUUUUGGUUUCAAAAAUCUACUAUAAUAUAUUUAAUCAUAUCUAAUACAAUAUGAAACUAACAUGUGCCACGAAUAAUAAAUAUAAUAAAUAUAAAAAAAAUAUAAAUAUAUAUUUUAUAUAUAUAUAAAAUAUAUAAAAUAUAUAUAUAUAUAUGGAAUUAAAAAAUAGUGUGAUUACUUUUUUGUAAUGCUUCAGAUUGUUUUCCAUAUGGUUUGCACAUUGCAGGACGUAUACAAGCCUUCAUCCUGGCCGUGUUUUUUAUAACUUCUGUAUAAGCUCUAAUUAUCUUUUCUUGUCCAACUAAAUCAAAAAUCAUAAAAGUUAGCCGAUGUGGAAUAUUUAAAGAUGGACGGCUCGGUGGACGUUGUAUAUUCAUUUGGUUUCCACCACCUCUCAUUUCUGACAUGUCUGCACCAGUUCCGAUGGGUAAGUGCGUAUUAGGAUUAGCACCGCUUAAAGCCUGUUAUAAAAAGUAAUAAAAUAUUUAUUACACACGCGCCGAUCAUGGUCUUGUAAUAAGACAGAAAAGAUUAUACGCUUACCGGUUGAAAGUCUGUAUUAUGCGGAAAACCUGUACGUAAGAGGGAUGUGGUAGCUUCAUUCUCUUGAAUAUACGUAGGUGCCAUGUGGCCCAUCUUUUGCAUCUCGAACUGAUUCUUAUACCGACAAGCUGGAUUUGGACAAUUCUGUACAACCUCGAUGAUAAAUUCCUUCUCCAUUCCAAAAUAUUCUCGUCCGAUUGUAUAAGAUUCCAUAACGGCCCUAACUGUUCCCUCGAGUCCCAAAUGUAUACCCUGUGGCCCAGUUAUGUGCUUCAUCAUCACAGCAUUGGCAAAAUGUUCAUAAGGUAAUAUUAUUUUCCCAUUUUCUCUCAAAACUAAUCUUCCUUGUGAAUCUACCGCCAUUCUAGAUGCCAUCAUUCUGUAUAUACGUUAAAAAUAAUAUUAAAGAUAACUCUUCGUCGAUCAAGCAAGAAGAAUAUAAAAUAUAUGGAUAUAUCAAAAAAGAAUAUAUUUAUUCUUACUGUAAGUACGCAGCACUUGGUAUUAUAGAUCCAUCCUUGUAUUCGGCUAUGCAUUGUAACAAUUCAAUGCUAGGAUUCCAACUUUUAGUUUGCAAAUAUGCUUGAAUUAACAUAUACGUUUUCUCUGUUACAUAUCCCGCACUGCUGGGGUUACCAGGAUAUCCAGAACCUCCACCCGGUGGACCCAUCUCUGUUUGCAUACCUUUGGCAACAAUAUUUUUCAUAGUUUCUGCCAAGUCCAUUCUAUAUACAAAAUAAAGUCAAUAAUAAAACCUCGUCAUAUAAUCAA